UCUCUAAAACACGAGCAGCGCCUGUUCAACCCUCCGCACAACAACAAACGCGCUGUAUAAGGCAGGAAGAAAAGCAAGAGAGAGAAAAAGAACUUUUAACACGUAGUUUUGUCAACAUAUACCUCAGUAAAGUUACGAGUUUGUGGAUUAGACGAUUUUAAAAAGGAGGAAAACCCUCGUCGUAUCCAGUUUUUCUCAGCAGACUUUACAGAGGUAACAGAGCAGCUGUCCCCGACGGUCUUCUCCCCUGUACAUGCCUGGGAGAACAGAGAGACGAGGGAAGAAUGAAGAUCUGUUCACCGGUGUGAGUUCUUGGGGAUGCUUGACUGGCCUGUGCCCCAUGCUUUUCUAAGGCCUCCAGAAGCUGAAGACAGGGUGUCAUUGACAGAUCAAGUGACCCCUCUGAGCUGCCACCAUGGCUCUGGUUCAGGCUCUGCCCAUAUCUGCUGAGCCCCACAACCCAGGCCUCAGUGGAGGAGCCCGUAGACGACACCACUCUGGCCCCUCACCCCCCAUCAACGCCCCACCACCCUCCACUCUGGAUCACAUGGGUUCUGUCGGCAGCCUCAUAGCCGCGCGCCCAGGCCCCUACGUGGACCACCGCUCUGGUGUUGAACUGGGAGUAAGAGGACGACGGCCCACGCCGGGAGCUUCCUGUCUGGGCAGUGAGUCCCCCCAGGACCCUUUACUGCGGAACAUCCCACCACUGAAGAAACAGAGCUCCACGACGUCCAACAGGGGGCUUGAGAAGGAGAGCGGGAAUGGGAACUACACCUAUCUGAACGAGGACUACGUAGGUGACUGGAAUGAGAACCAUGUGACACCUGCCAGCCCGGGGAGCGACGCAGACGAGAUUAAAGAAGGAUCAGGGCUGAAUGGGAAUAUGGGGGGACCGCCUCCAAAACUGAUCCCUGUGUCAGGAAAACUUGAGAAGAACAUGGAGAAAACAGUGCUGCGGCCCACUGCCUUCAAACCUGUCAUUCCGAAGAGUCGCACCUCCAUGCAGUACCUCUCCCCUCGCCAUUGUGCCAACGUAUCAGAAAGCCAAAACAACCUGAACCUGCUCAGCCCCACCCACAGAGAGGUGUCGCCCUCCUGCUCUGAGAAACGCAGCUCGUACAGCGGGGCCCGUAACAGUGGCGCUGCCGGCAGCAGCCAGUCCUGCUCCCUGUCCGACUCUGGACGCAAUUCCCUCUCCAGCCUGCCGCCUUACAGCGGCGCCGGCUACAGCCUGGCGUCAGGAGAGGCCUCUGCUGGCCACCUGGAGCCCCUGAAGAGCGCCCCACCGGUCAGUGCACAUGGACACUCCAACUCAGACAGCGGGCGCUCAUCUUCCAGUAAGAGUACAGGCUCCGGAUCGAUAAGUGGCCGGGGGCAGCCUCUGUCCGACAGCGGGUCCAGCGGGCGUUCCCCCGGCCCCGUGGAGGGUUACGAAGGGGUGGUGAGAGACCUGGAGGACAAACUGAGGGAGAGAGAGCUGGAGCUACAGCAACUCAGAGACAACCUGGAUGAGAAUGAAGCUGCAAUUUGUCAGGUGUAUGAGGAGAAGCAGAAGCGCUUUGAACUGGAGCUGGAGGAGCUGAGGCAGGGCUGUGCCACCAGGAUGCAGGUAGCCUCGCAAAAGGCCCAGCGCGCCCAGCAGGUGCUUCAGUUGCAGGUUUAUCAGCUCCAGCAGGAGAAGAAGAAGCUGCAGGAGGACUUUGCUCAGCUUCUGAAGGAGAGGGAGCAGCUAGAGGAGCGCUGCACCUCCUAUGAGCACGAGAAGAUCCAGCUGGGGCCUCGGCUGGAGGAGACUAAGUGGGAGGUCUGUCAGAAGUCGGGGGAAAUCUCGUUGUUGAAGCAGCAGCUGAAGGAGGUGCAGGGAGAGUUGGCUCAGCGUGUGGGGGAGAUCGUUUCACUGCGGGGUCAGCUCAGAGAGACUCGUGGUGAGCUGACAAACACCCAGGUCCUGCUCCAGGAGGCUCACGGCACAACCCGCACACGGACCCUGGAGCUGGAGGUAUGUGAAAACGAGCUCCAGCGUCGCAAGAGCGAAGCGGAGCUGCUCAGAGAAAAGGUAGGACGUCUGGAGGGGGAGUUGGUUCAUCUAAGAGAUGCUUUGGCCAAUCAGGGCCCAGGAAACAGACAGUGUCAGGUGUUCCAGGAAGCAGAGGAGCACCUGCUCGCCUAUGAGAGCGACGAAGCGAAGGCCCAGCGGCAGAGCAGCACCGAGGCCAUGCAGAACAUGAAGGCGCAGAUGGACAGGAUGAGGGCGGAGCUGGCCUUCGAGCGUCAGCGGGCCGAGCAGCAAAUGGGAAGCUUCGAGGAGGAGCGCAGGAUAUGGCAGGAGGAGAAGGACAAAGUAAUCCGCUACCAGAAGCAGCUGCAGCAGAACUAUGUGCAGAUGUAUCGCAGGAACCGAGAGCUGGAGCAGCUCCUGCAGGAUCUGAGUCAGGAACUGGAGAGCAGAGAGGAGGACGAGGGCAGUGGCAACGAGAUAAACUUUGACGAGAUCGCAGCCACAGAAAUCUGACCCUCAUGUCUCUCCCAUCUUUUGAUUUGCACUACUGUCAGCUAAAUCUUUUUUUUUUUUCACCUACAUGUCACAGAUCUGGUCUCUUUGUGCUGUCUAGAUGGAAACAGACUGCUGAGAUGACAAACAAGCAGGUCAGUAUUACAAAUGUAAAAACAAAAACACAUGCAGUGUAAAAUCAGCCACCCUUUAGUUCUGCCUCGGUCUAUUCUCUAAGGAGCCAGUGAUCUCUAUUGGUCAUUAGUAGGCCACCUCAGUCCUCUGCCCCCCCAUGUUUAUGUCUGUGUUAGUGUUUGCACUAACUAGACAUCAGCGUCCUGGUCCUCCCUCACAGUUUCAGACAUUUGUGGGAGAUUUGUUGUGUAUGAGUAACUUCACCAACCUUUCACUAUCCUCCUGUGCUGAUUAUGACUCCUCCUCCCCUGCUGGGUUUAGCACUCCACUCCCACUCUGUGUUAGCAGCCAGCUCUCAUUAGAACUGAUAAUCUAGAUGGAGCCCACGCUGUUGUCAGUAUGACGGUGAACGUGGGAUACCACACAUUCAGUAUGUCAUGAGAGUGAGUGAAUCAGAUUGAGGUGCUAAUGACGGUGGCUUCACUCUGAGUGAUGAGGAGAACUGCAUCACGACCAACAGUAGACGUUUCCAAAAUAUAUCUACUUCCUUAGUUGGGACAAACAACAAAAACAAAAAAAUUUUACAGCCAUAUAUGGCACAAAUUUGAUGUUUUCACAACACAGAAUUAGAAGUUUCCGGUCUCUAUUGUUAUUUCCAAUUUGAGGGAAACUAAGUUUAAAUUGUACUCUUCCAUAUCCUGGACACUUUGCCCCAAAUUAAUACAAACAGUGGAAAUUCUAUCAUUAACAUCUGUACAGUCUAAUGUAAUUAAACACCGUUACACCUUACAUCCAGUGCACAAGUCAGCUUUUCUCUCUGAGUCACCUUUAAAACAAGCUUUGAUUGGAUUACAUCACUUUUCCUUAUGUAUAGGAGUGGGCGAUUAAAAACUUCUUUAAUGAUAAACAUACAGUCAUUCAAAUGUUAUACUGUUCAUCUUGAUAAAGUAAAUGUUCUGGAAAAUAAAUAGGCCUUUUUCAUGGCAGUUAUUUUGAGCAUAAAGUUGAAUAAGUUUUGUGGUAUUUCUGUUUCAUGUAAUUGAAAGUCAGAAGUUCUGUCUGAGAAAAUGAUUUUAGCCCAAAUUUGCCUUCAAAAGUACUUUUCCUGACAUGAUAAAGUAAGAAUUAUACAGGAAGUGAUGAACAGUGUUUAUGAGACAGGGAUUAGUUUUUUGGAAUCAGCACCUGGACAAGAAAGAUGUGUGUGUUUUGUGCACUGACAUAAAGAAGUUCUGCUCAUUGAUUUAGUCCACACUGGCCUCAGUCAUAUUAAAGAGAUAACAUCUGCUGUAUAGACAACAUGAUAAAACCUAAUCUUUGAUACUUUAUAUUGUCUCAUGGUGUACAGUACAUCCUCAUAUCGCCCUCUCCUAUGAUUUAAAUUCACUCCUGGUAAUAUGAUCACAUAAGUAUACUUAAAUUCAAACUAUUUUUCCAGUGAAACAGAAAUGUACAUACAAUUAUUACUAAAGCACACCCACAUUGGCUCUUAUAUAUCUGAUAAUUAAAGAAAAUACUUCAGCACCACUCUCUCAACGAGGUGGUUAAAUGUGUGGGUGAUUUGUGUCACUGAAUUAGGGAAAUCAUGCACUGAAUGAUGGGUGUUUUGGUGUAAAGUCAAACUACUUGGACCCUGACGUGACAACCUUUUAAAAAGUAGAGGAUCUGUUUCAUAUAUAUUUACUUCCCUACGCUACAAGAGGACAUUUUUUGUUCCUCUGUCACUGCUGAUUAAUGUAUCCUCUGUAAAUAACCCUGACAAAUCACUAAGUAUAAAGUUUUCUUCCAGAGAUGUCUGUCCAUCUCAAAUAAAUAAAAACAUAGCCACUGUGAAUAGACCAAAGCAAUGUCACACACAUUCUAUUUUGCUCCUACAGUACAGAUACAGUUGCCUGUAUAUUAAUGUUUGUGUGGAUGUUUAGUUCCUCAGUAUAAUUUUAUAAUCCACAAUAUUUGUAUGAAGACAUUAAAUGUAUAUUUUCAUGCUGUACAUUUCUUGAACAAACCUACUAUGUUUUUCAUUAAAAAAAAGACUAAAUUUAA